AUGGAUAAAGUCGUAUUCCUGCUGGCACUGCUACUAACAACGUGUGCUUGUUACACUAUACAAGGCUACAAUACUUUGAUUGACUAUCCAAAAUGUCCUUGUGCCAAAAUAUUUUUGCCUGUGUGCGCUUCGGAUGGGAGCAAACUGAACAAUAUUCUAAGUUGUUCUGGCUAUUUUAACUAUUCUGGCUACACCGUGUUACGGUCAAAUUUUGGAUUGGCUUGA